CCUUUUUUUUUUUUUUUUUUUUUUUUUUUUUUUUUUUUUUUUUUUUUUUACUGACGCCGCGCUUUCAAUCGCUGCUGCAUUACAUGAGUAGAAUUCCUUUGGGAGAUGACAUCUUUGAAAAGUUGUUUCGACUUGCCUCAACACUCGAGGUCGACGUGACUAUCCUGAAGUCCGCCGCCCAGCGAGCGGCCAUCACUGAUAGCAGCUAUGGACUCACGAGCUCUUCUUCUCAUUGUCUGUGCUGCGGCGCUUUUGACAACCGCGUUGGCAGACAAGGAAACCAUUCGCACGUUUGCUUCUGUCCUUUUGGGGGUUAACGAGGUUCCUAAGAACGAGACCCAGGCGGCGAAGAACGCAGUGGGCGACAUGCGAGGCGUGGGUUACAUGCGCCUCGCGAUUUACAAGGACGACGACGGGCCCAAGUGGCUCAAGUACCAGGUCACUGUGCGCCGGCUCAAGGGGGAGAUGCCGCCCACCAAGUCGCACGUGCACUCGGGAAAGAAGGGUAAGAACGGGGACAUUCUCCUGGACCUGCCGUGCGGCUAUGUGAAGAAGGGCAUGGAGCUGUGGCGGUGCGAGGGGAGCAUGGGCAAGGAGAAGCGCGAGCGCACGGCGGCACUCAAGGCUGCGCUGAGCAAGAUUGACAAGAUGCCUGCGGAUUAUUAUGGGAACAUUCACACCAAGCGCUACCCCGAUGGUGCUGUGCGUGGCCAGCUGCGCUUGAUGUACUAGGCAAGUAAGUGGGCUUGAUUUACGAGGAAGUAUUUUGCUGGGGAAAUCGCAGUUGGUGGGUGGAGGAAGAGUAAUAAGCAGUGUGCACUGGAUUUUCCCCUGAAAAUCCGUCGCUACUGCGUGCUUUGGUGGGGCCUGCUAGGCAUACUCCACUUAUGCAUUCCUGAUAUAACAAUUCGACUGUACCGUAUUCCCCCGUAUAAAACACUCUAUAGUGCUAGUAAAAAUGCAGCGAAAUUUAGGGUUGGGUGUAAUGAAAGGCCAAAAAAUAAAAACACCUCGAAGUUAUGAUAUGUAUAUGCAUUAUUUAUUGGAACUCAAGUGUGCAUGUUUCAC